CGAGGAAGAGCUGAGCUGGGCUGGGGCCCAGCAGGUGUGGGGUUAAGGCAUCCUGUUCCGGGCCCCUGGAACAGCAGCCGCAGCGGCAACUGCACCAGCAGUGGCCGGGGCAGACCUGGCCCCGGGCCAGCUGGCUGGGAGCCCCAGGAGCGAGAAAGGGCGGAGGAAGGGGAGGAAGAGGGGAAAGAGGAGGAGGAGGAGGAGAGGAGCAGUCAGCAGGCCCGAGGAGGCAGGACUUCCUGGCGUGGGGGUUGUCAACAGCCCCGAAAGAGAAAGACCGAGAGGAGCGGAGGGAGACCCAGCGGUGCCACGCGGAAGGAGACUUGGGAGAGCCACUCGCCGCGACGACCACCGAGGCGGCUCCACCUGCAGGGUCGGGGGCUAAGGCGCCCCCUCCCGCAUCGGUCCGCAGACCCUUGGGGCUUCGGAGGCCGCGCCUGGGCUCCGCCAAGGAGGCGGGGGUUCCUUCUUUUCUGGACAGCAAACUUUCCGCGGAGAUGCCUUUCGGGGCGAGGUGCGGCCCCCGAAGAGGACCGGCCAGCCUCUAAUUGCCGCCUGCGCCCCCGAGCUGCUGGGGCCACGAGGCCCCGGGGAAGGGACAACCCAACAUCUUAGGCGGCCGGGACCCCCGGCCCAGUUCGGUGGCCGCGGCCGAGAGUUUGCAAACUCAGCUCUGGAGUUCGGCGGUGGCAGCGACAGCAGCAGGAAAAACCUGCCCCUGCCCCCCCAGCUCCCGCCACCUCCCCUACCCUGCUCUCCCUUCACCAACCAGGCACCCCCAGUUCCCGUAAGGCCCUCCUGCCAUGUCGGACCCAGACAUCCCCAGGGGCCCUGAUGUCCCCACCAUGUGGCCCCCCUGUUCCAGGGGUGCCUGAGCCCCUCGAAGAGCCACCACCGCCCCCCUGCCCACCUUGGCCCAGUCCUGAGCCCCAGGGACCAUGAGUGGGGGCAAGAAGAAGAGUAGUUUCCAAAUCACCAGCGUCACCACGGACUACGAGGGUCCGGGGAGCCCAGGGGGUCCAGAUCCCCCUGCCCUGCCGGCUCCCACUGGGCCCCCGCCCCGCGUGCCCAACGAGGAGCCCAACCCCGAGCCAGGGGGCAAGGGCACCCCCCGGAAUGGCUCCCCACCGCCUGGGGCCCCCGCCUCCCGUUUCCGGGUGGUGAAGCUGCCCCAAGGCCUGGGAGAGCCUUAUCGCCGAGGCCGUUGGACAUGUGUGGAUGUUUACGAGAGAGACCUGGAGCCCCCUAGCUUUGGCCGGCUCCUGGAAGGGAUUCGAGGGGCCUCAGGGGGCAAUGGGGGCAGGUCUUUGGAUUCCAGGUUGGAGCUGGCCAGCUUAGGCCUGGCCACCCCUACCCCACAGCCAGGCCUGUCUCAGGGCCCCACCUCCUGGCUCCGCCCGCCCCCCACCUUCCCUGGACCUCAGGCCCGCUCCUUCACCGGGGGGCUGGGCCAGCUGGCAGUGCCCGGCAAGGCCAAGUUGGAGACAACCCCCCUGUCAGCCUCCGCGCCCCAGCAGCGCCCCCCAGAGGCCGGGACGGGGGAUAGCGCGGGCACUUCCCGGGCUGCCACGCCCCUGCCCUCUUUGAGGGUAGAAGUGGAGGCAGGGGGCUCAACAGCAGGGACCCCUCCACUGUCGCGUACGAAGGAUGGAGCUCUGCGGCUGAGGAUGGAGUUGGUUGCUCCAGAGGAGAUGGGGCAGGUGCCCCCACUCGACUCUCGCCCCAGCUCCCCGGCCCUCUACUUCUUCCCCGAUGCCAGUCUGGUUCACAAGUCUCCAGACCCCUUUGGAACAGCGGCUGCCCAGAGCCUCAGCUUCGCCCGCUCCAUGCUGGCCAUCAGUGGCCACCUGGACAGUGAUGACGAUAGUGGCUCCGGAAGCCUGGUUGGCAUUGACAACAAGAUCGAACAAGCCAUGGUCUUCUUCUGGAAACACAAAGCUAAGUCAACCAUCGCAGAAUGCACUGACUCCAAGAAAAAUGAGUUGAAGGAGAAGGAGUUGGAGUUGAAGGAGUUGAAGGAGAAGGAGAAGGAGUUGAAGGAGAAUGAGUUGAAGGAGAAGACUUCCAAGGUGUCUGAGACUUUCAAGUUGGUUGAGUCCCCCAAGGAGGCUAAGGUCUCCAAGAUGGAUGUGUCCUCCAAGGCGGCUGACCCCUGCGUGUUGGCCAAGACCACCACGGACGGGGCUGCGGUGGAGGCGGGCCAUGGGCCGAGAUCACUGUUGCAGCUGCCCCGGACUGCCGUCAAAUCUGUCUCCACGCUCAUGGUCUCCGCCCUGCAGUCUGGCUGGCAGAUGUGCAGCUGGAAGUCAUCUGUGAGUUCUACCUCAGUCACCUCCCAAAUGAAGACCGGGUCCCCUUUGGAGUCGAGAGGGACUGAGAUGCUGCAGGAAGUGUACCUGGUGCUGUGGGCCGUUCGGAAACGACUGCAGCGGCUGGCCCGCAGGCAGGAGAGGCAGCGACGGCGCCACAUCCGGGCCCACAUCUGUCCCCAACCUGACCCAGUUCAGGGCUUGAGACAGGAUUCCCAGAGUCCCCUCUAGGGGGGAACCCCACAUCCUCAGAAAGCCCCCACCUCACUCUUAGGUAAGGUUGAUAGGAGAGGUUAGGGCAGCAGGCCAGGAGUUGUGGGUGAGGAGAAGUUUUCAAACCGUCACCUCUCAUCGGGAUCCCAAGGCCUGGCCUGGGGGCCCACGUACUCUCCUUCAUUCCUUUUAUUCAAUUUGUAAAAAAUUAUCAAAAUGUUGGGAAAUAAAUAUCGGAAAUUUC